GGGAAGCAGCUGAGCGGAAGGAGGUGUUUGUGUUUGUUCCGAAAAGUGACAUACGCCGCUCGUUCUGUCUCGCUCUUCCUAUUCUUUAAAAAAGGAACGUCUCGGGAGUCCGGAGAGGCAUUGCAUUUUUUUUUUUUUGCAAUCUCUUUGCGUUUUUGCAAUUUGACAUACACAGACUCACAAAACCAUGGUGGUCUUUAAGCGGGUCAAGGCGUUACGGCUGGACUUCGAAGAGAACGGCCGCGUGUAUUCCAGCGGUGAGAAAGUGGCCGGCCGCGUGGAAGUGGAGGUGGCCGAGGUCACGCGUGUCUCGGCCGUGCGCUUCCUCGCUUGCGGGGUCGCGCGAGUGCUGUGGAUCCGGGGCCCGCAGCAGUGCAAGCAGGAGAUGGAGUACCUGCGCCACGAAUCGGUGCUCCAGCUGGAGGACCAGGCCACCGAUAAAGAUGGUUCUGUUUUGCUGAGACCUGGAAACACCUACCAAUACAAGUUCCACUUUGAACUGCCCCAAGGGCCCCUCGGCACCACUUUUAAGGGGAAGUAUGGCUGUGUGGAUUACUGGGUGAAGGCCUCCUUGGAUCGCCCCUCCUUCCCAACCCAAGAGGUGAAGAAGCGAUUCGAAGUGAUGGAUCAGAUUGACGUCAACACUCCAGAUCUGAUGUCUCCUGUCUCUGCCAAAAAGGAGAAGAAAGUUUCUUGUAUGUUCAUCCCAGACGGGCACGUCUCUGUUAGUGCCAGGAUUGACCGCAAAGGAUUCUGUGAAGGUGAUGACAUCUGCAUCAAUGCCGACUUUGAGAACACCUGCUCCCGGAUCGUGGUGCCCAAGGCAGCCAUUGUGGCCAAGCACACCUACCUGGCCAAUGGGCAGACCAAGAUGUUCUCCCAGAAGCUCUCCUGCGUCCGAGGCAACCACAUCACGUCCGGCAUGUCCGAGUCCUGGCGGGGAAAGACGCUCCGAGUCAGGAAGAUCAAGCCAUCCAUUCUGGGCUGCAAUAUCCUGCGAGUGGAGUAUUUCCUGCAGAUCUACGUCAGCGUCCCCGGCUCCAAGAAGAUCAUCCUGGAGUUGCCCCUGGUCAUUGGCAACAAGUCCAGCUUUGGCAGCCGCAAUUCCAGCAUGGCCAGCCAGACCAGCUCCGAGAUGAGUUGGGUGGACCUCAACAUCCCCGAUGCGCCAGAAGCACCUCCAUGCUAUCUGGAUAUCAUCCCCGAAGACCACCGGAUCGAGAGCCCCACAACUCCUCUCUUGGAUGAGCUGGACAAUUCUUUCGACAGCCCCAUCUUCAUGUACGCUCCCGAGUUCAAAUUCAUGCCGCCACCAACCUACACAGAGAUCGAUCCUUGCACUCUGAACAACAACAUUGUCCAGUGAACGCGGAAGGAAACUCCGGUGUGGCUGUGAUUUUUAUCCAGCUUCUUUCUGGACUUUUUUUUUUUUUUUAAAAAAAAUUGCCCUCGGUAGCAAUUCUGCACUCAGCAGAAGAAAAGGCACAGGGAAAAAAACACCUUCCAGGUUGUCAAAUUUGACCUCUCAGGAAACAAAAGUCAGCUGCGGAGGAGCCGAAACCGACUUCCUAGUGCCUUAGCCCACCUGUGUUCCAGUUGACCAAAAAAAUGGGGGGCAUGUAUGAGAGGGGGAGGGGGGCCGUUUCCUUCCUCAAAGCCCUUCGUGCAGAGCAUGUGCCCCCAGUUUGACUGGUGCUGAUGCGAUUGUGGGGGGUGUUAAGAGGCAGCUUCUUGGAAGAAAAACCCUGAUUGUCUCAUUGUUUUGGCCCCUCCUUGACAAGGAAAAGGGGGGGAGGAAGACUCAAAAAGUUUUGGGGGCUUGGUAGUCGGGACGUGAGAAUGUCCUACCGCUCUACAAUUUUGUAGGUGGUGUGUGACGUUCUGCUGUUGAUGGUGCCAGAAGGGAAUCCGGCCUGGAGGGUUUUGAUAAGGGGAGAAUUUAUUGAGCUGCUCAUAUUGGUGGGGGCUGGUUUUUUUUUCAGCCUUUUUUUUUUUUAAACCCCACCAGCCUUGGAAAGGAAAGGAGCAUGUCAGGAGGGGAAGGGUGGCCAGGAAGAAAAGGGGAUCGGAGGCUGGAAGAAGAGGUGGUGAGGAGUGGGCUUCCUUCUCACCAGCCUCGAGAUGGGAGAAGAGGCGAGAGAAGCAAAGGAGGAGAGGAGUGUGGGGAAACGCUGUACAAGCAAUAAACCAUGAGGCAUCAGAAGGCAGAAGAGCCUAAAUCUGUAAGAAAUAAAAAAUAUUCUGUAGAGCUUAUUAAACAAUGCAAGGGAAUAACGACUUGGGUCCUCCGAGUUGUUGUUUUUUAUAGCACUUAAAUCCUGUAUUUUUUCCUUUUGUCUAUAAACCUGUUAAGCAAACCCCACCUGUUAGCAAGGGAGAAAUCCCUGUUUUGCCUAGGGAUCUCCUUGAUAGGUGGGGAUAAGUGUUAGGUGUUCUUGUUCAGAGGUAGGGUGGGGGUAGAUUGAGUGGCAGGUUUGAGGUGGGAGGUCAUAGGUGGGAGGAGGAAGGAGGUUCAGCAGCCCCGUUGAACCCCCCACCCACCCUUUCCAGGGGCCUCAGGAGAGACCAAAAAUGCUCGUGUCAAAGGGGUGCCAGAAAAUCUGCAUUUCAAAAAAUAAAUGAAUGUACGCAGAGAUAAUCCAUGGCAAGAGCUUCAAGAUUUCAAGAAAAGCCUCAUGGAAAAGUAUUUAUUUUUGGUCACUGGCUAUCCUGCGACACUCCCUAAUGACUUUGUGUGUUGACUUUGUGUGUUUUGUUCUCCCAGUCAAUAAACAAAAAAAUGCACUUGAAAUGACUGCACUGCAUUGCCAAAGUGUUAAUUCAUCCCAGAUUUUGUCCGCACAAAUACUUUUGUGUGUCACAAAUGGGUGUGCUGGUUAUUUUUUUUCUUCCUUAAAAAUGUGUUUUCGUUUCACUUGUUCUGCUUGUGUUUUUGUAUUAUCUGCAACUUUAAUUAUAUUUUGUACCGUUGAACUAGGACGUAUA